AUGGCGCGCUGGGUCAGUCGCUCCUCUGCGUGGUGGCUGCGUGCAUGUGCGCGUCCCCCAGCGCGAUUCUUUCAUCGAAGCACAGCGCAACGGCAAGCGCAUGCUGUGCCUGUGGACGCCAUACGUAAUAUCGGUAUUGUGGCGCACAUCGAUGCUGGGAAGACGACGUUGACAGAGCGACUGCUCCACUUAACGAAUUCGCUCUCGCUGCCCGGUCUGCAGCCGCCGUCGCAGGAACACACGGCAACAGCGCCAGGUGACGUGGAUAGUGGGAGCACUGUGACGGAUUUCCUCGAGGAAGAACGGGAGCGUGGUAUCACGAUUCAAAGUGCGGCUGUAGGUCCGGUAUGGUGGACCAACACAUCCAAUCAGCAGGCCAUGGCCAUGACGCUGGUGGAUACACCUGGGCAUGUGGAUUUCGGCAUUGAGGUGGAGCGUACGGUGCGUGUUGUUGAUGGCGCCGUAGUCGUGUUGGACGGCGUCGAAGGCGUCGAGCCGCAAAGCGAGAACGUCUGGCGCCAAACCAAGCGUUAUGGCGUGCAAGCCCAUCUUUUCUUUAUCAAUAAGCUUGAUCGUGCGGGAGCCAGUGUAGCACGCUCGUUACGCUCGAUUGUCGACAAGGGUCUGCACGAACGCCCCGCGCUUCUUCAGCUGCCUGUCUACCGGUCGCAGGCGCCCGAGGAGGCAGGGGCGAACGUAUCGUCGAAGUCGGACGAUCCGCUUAUCGGUGUCGUGGAUCUACUACGUAUGCAAAUUCUGCGCUUCGAUGGCGUUGCAGGCGAAGACGUGGUCACGAUCUCCCUGUCGGAAGAACGGCAUGGCACUCUGUAUGCCACGGCGGCUGAAGCACGGCAUGCCCUCUUGGAACUUGUCACCUCGCUGGAUGUGGACUUACUUGAUCGUCUCUUGGCUAUGGACGAUCCAGAUACGGCUAUGGACAGUGUAUCACUGGAGGACGUGCAAGCCGCGCUGCGACGGCUCACUCUGCAAGGCGAGGUAUGCCCUGUUCUCUGUGGCGCAGCCGCUUGCAAUGUCGGUGUGCAGCCACUUCUUGACGCCAUCGGCUUGUACUUACCAAGCCCUAAAGAUCGACCGCCUGUCGACGGGAUUCUGCAUCCAGAUUCGCCUCGUGCGCAGGCGACAACCGUCGAGCUGACACACCCUGGCGUGUCAGCGCUUGCGUUCAAAGUGGUAUGGGACAAACGCAAAGGCCCCAUUACCUUUGUGCGUGUCUACUCCGGUACGCUGCAAAGUGCUACAAGUCUGAUCAAUACCACAACACACCAAAAAGAGCGCAUUUCGCGCUUGCUACUUCCCUAUGCCGAUCAAUAUGUCGACGUGCCAGCGCUACAUGCAGGCCAAAUUGGCGUCGUGCUGGGUCUCAAGGAUACGCGCACGGGCGAUACGCUUGUGGAUACCAAGCGGGGUACGCAUGGAAAGGGACACCACAAGCAUGACAUGCAGACGCUGCGUCUUCGUCGUGUGCAUGUCCCACCACCGGUGUUUAGCGUAAGUGUGGAGCCACGCAGCAAAGCCGACGAGGCCGCCGUGUCAGAAGCGCUACGUAUGCUCGUACGUACAGAUCCCAGUUUGCAUGUCACUGAGGGUGGAGCUGGUGCCUCCAGUCAAACCGUUCUCUCCGGCAUGGGCGAGCUGCAUCUGGAGAUUGCCAAGCAUCGUUUGGAAGGCGAAUUUCAGGUACAUGCCCACCUGGGCCAUGUUCGCGUUGGCUAUCGCGAGACGGUGCAAGAGGGUCUGGAAGCUAGUGUCACUGAGCUUCUCGACCAGGACCUUGGCGGAAAGAAGGUACAGGCAGGCGUCACGCUGCAGGUGCGACCAUUGCAAGACGACGAAGUGGGCGUAGCUCGCUUGGGCGGCAACGAUGUGGUGGUCGACUUGGGCGAGACGCCCAACCUGACGUACGAGUCUGGCCUGACGCUUGAGCAAGUCCUCCUGCAAGGUGCGCAAGCGGCAUUAGCACGUGGUCCUCUUAGUGGCUACCCUAUGCAAGGCGUCCACAUUCGGCUCUCGCACAUUCAGGUGUUUGGGACUGACUUGAGCUCCCCAGCGGCAGUGCGUCUCGUGGUAGCCACAGCGCUGCGCAAGGCUCUGGGCUAUGCCCAACGACCGAAGCCUGGUGAACGAGUGCAGGGACAUACCAAGCUGAUGGAGCCUAUGAUGCGUGUGGCUGUGGAUGCACCGGACACCUACGCCGGGAAACUCACGAGUGAUAUUAGUGUGGAGCAGCAUGGCUCGAUUGUGGAGAUGAUCCAUCCCAUGGAGCAGGCCACACCUUCGUCGUCGUCGUCGUCGUCGUCGUCGUCGAACUACCAAAUCUACAUUCCACCCGACGAACUUGAUCAGGGAUCUGAGCGUACAGACGUGAGUCAGCCCCUGACGAUCAUUGCAUUGAUUCCCCUUGCACGUAUGAUGCGGUACAGUACACGACUACGUGCCCUCACAGGGGGCACAGGGACCUACCGUAUGACGCUGCACGGCUUCGAGGCCGUCUCGCCCGACCGUGAACGUGCGCUCUUGCAAGAGCUUGGUCGUAUACCGCGUUAG